AUGGCCUCCGAGGUGCCGUCCCAGCCGCCGUCGCCCUCGUCGUCGCCGCCUACCUCCCCGGAGCCCGAGCUGGCCCAGCUGCGGCGGAAGGUGGAGAAGUUAGAACGCGAACUGCGGAGCUGCAAGCGGCAGGUGCAAGAGAUCGAGAGGCUCUUGCACCACACGGAGCAGCUGUACCAAAGCGCCGAGAGCAACAACCAGGAGCUCCGCACUCAGGUGGAAGAGCUCAGUAAAAUUCUUCAUUGUGGAAGAAGUGAAGAUAAUAAAAAGUUUGAUGUAGAAGUACAAACGGAGAACCACACUCCUUGGUCAAGCUCAGAUUAUUAUUAUCAAACAUACUAUAAGGAUGUUAGUCUUCUAAAUAAAACAACUGAGUUCUCAGUUCAACAAAGUCAGGAUACUGAAGCUUCUUUCAAUUCUAAAGACCAGUCACAAAUAGAAAAUGAUGCUUACACUGGCACUAAUAUAACAGAAAAGGUUGAAGGUAGACAAGAAGACCAUUUCGUCGCCAAUUCACAGGAGUCAGCGUGUGCGUUAGCAACUGAAGAUGCAUCUUUAGAAGGUUCAUCACUAGCUGAGAGUUUGAGAGCAGCAGCAGAAGCUGCUGUAUCACAGACUGGAUUUAGUUACGAUGAGAAUACUGGGUUAUAUUUCGACCACAGCACUGGUUUCUACUAUGAUUCUGAAAAUCAACUGUAUUAUGAUCCUUCCACUGGAAUUUACUACUACUGUGAUGUGGAAAGUGGUAGAUACCAAUUUCAUUCUCGAGUAGAUUUGCAACCUUAUCAGACUUCUAGCACAAAACAAAAUAAAGAUAAAAAAUUGAAGAAGAAAAGAAAAGAUCCCGAUUCUACAACAAAUGAAGAGAAGGAUUUGAAUGUAGAAGAUCAAAGCACAUCCAGUGUUGAGCAUAUAAACUGCAAUGAGGGAGAAGACUUUGCAAAUGUGAAAAAGAAAUCCAAAAGAGACAUUCACUGCAAAAGUAGUUCUCCACAUUUUACUGUUCCAGUUAGUGGAAGCACUGUGGAACCUUCUUGUAAUGAAAAUACAUAUAAUUCACCAUUUAGAGAUGAGAAAAUCCUAGAGACUGAUAGUGAGCCAGAAGAAGGUGAGAUUACAGACUCUCAGACCGAGGACAGCUAUGAAGAAGAUGUUACCAGUGAAGGUAGUGUCUCUGCAGAAAACACUGAGGAUGAAGAUGAAGAAAAAAUUUGGCCCCCAUGUAUCAGAGUAAUUGUUAUUAGAUCACCAGUGCUGCAGAUAGGAUCACUUUUUAUCAUUACAGCUGUAAACCCUGCUACAAUUGGAAGAGAAAAGGAUAUGGAGCACACUCUUCGGAUCCCUGAAGUCGGUGUCAGUAAGUUUCAUGCAGAAAUUCAUUUUGACCAUGACUUACAAAGUUACGUCCUUGUGGAUCAAGGCAGUCAAAAUGGCACGAUUGUUAAUGGAAAACAGAUUCUUCAGGCCAUAGUUGGCCCAACACUAAGUAAGGAGGAAAAAGAGUUGGAAAGACGUAAAGAGUUAAAGAAAAUACGAGUAAAAUACGGUUUACAGAAUAUAGACUACGAAGAUGAAAAGGCUCUGAAGAAUCCGAAAUAUAAAGAUAGAGCUGGAAAACGCCGGGAACAGAUUGGCAGUGAAGGGACUUUCCAAAGAGACGAUGCACCUGCAUCUGUUCAUUCUGAAAUCACUGAUAGCAACAAAGGUCGUAAGAUGUUGGAGAAAAUGGGUUGGAAAAAGGGUGAAGGCCUAGGGAAGGAUGGUGGAGGAAUGAAAACUCCGAUUCAGCUUCAGCUUCGGCGAGCUCAUGCAGGCUUGGGGACAGGGAAAGGAUCCUCAAUUGAAGAUGUUCACCUUCUUCAAAACAAGAACAAAAAGAACUGGGAUAAAGCACGAGAGAGGUUUGCUGAAAACUUCCCAGAAACUAAACCUCAAAAAGAUGCCCCAGGAUCUAUGCCUUGGGUAAAAGGAAGUACAGAGUGA